AUGGAAUCACCUAACGAUACGUAUCUCACUGUAGAUUUUCACUACAACGGAAUGUUUGCACCAAACCCGUUAGUGUACUUAGACCGUAUGAGAAUGUCAGUUCGUAAUGUGGAUUUUGGUGGCAUGAACUAUAGAGAAUUUGUUUUGUGGGUUUCAAAGCUGACAAGACGAAGUUGUGAUAAUUUGUACUAUUGUAGUACUCAUGAAAGAUUGGCAGAGGGUAUUAGAAGAAUUGACAAUGAUGCUGAUUAUUUUGAGUUUAUUGAAGAUGGUUACAUGGCUAAGAACGAGCUAAGAAUGAGUGUUUACAUUGACCACCAAAACGAACCUAUUCUUGACUGGGUCGAUAAGAAGAUGUUAACAGGUGAUAAGGUGUCUAAGUUGGUAGAAGAUGAUGAUACAAACUCAUAUAUUUCGAAUAUAAUGGAAUGUGAGCAUGAACCUAAUGAAGAGGUGCAUACUUUUGACAAAAUAGUUGAUGAUGAAUUUUUGAACAAGUUGUGUGGUAAACCCAUUCUUAAUAGUAAUCAAGAAGAAGUAAAUGAUGAUGAUGAUGAUGUCAGUGAUGAAGAUGAUGAGGUUAUGUUCCUCGUUUUUGAUGAGAAUCAAGAAUAUGAUAAAAUGGUCGUAGUUUUAGGUAUGAAGUUUUCCAACCCUCUUGAAUUAAAGAUAUGUCUAACCAACUAUGCCGUCAAGAAUGGGUAUGAUUUAUGGUUUUGGCAAGUGGUACCUCCUGGUUAUAUGCAAUUUGAGGUAAGGGUAAGGACUGAUGGAUAUGUUGUAGACCUUAAUAUCAGACAAUGUGGAUGUAGGGCAUGGCAGUUAGCAGGGUAUCCUUGUGUGCAUGGAUAUGAUGCCAUUUCAAGCCUCAAUAGGGACCCUGAGGACUAUGUGUCAGAAUGGUUUACUACAUCAAUAGAUGCAAGUUGUUAUAUGUAUAACAUUAGGCCACUGAAUUGUAGUGCUAUGUGGCCUGAAUUGGAUUACACCAAACCAUUACCCCCUAAAAACAAAGAAGGCUACCUGGAAGACCAACAAUGA